UUCUGGACCAGAGUUUUGUAUUGCCUUUGGUCGGACUUUUGCCCAAACCCCAGUGUCCGAUUACAAUUUCCACGUUAGCGUUUUUAAAUUCGCGUUGGAGAUAGGACUUGGUUGAUAGAUGUUAUUUAGGCAACGCUAGCUUGCUGCUUACAAUGGCUAACUGUAUGGUUUUCCACACUCAAAUAGCCUCCGUCAUGGAGGUGCUAGCGAAUGCAGCCGUGUCAGAGAUCUGUAAACUCGUAGACGACGACUAUGCAGUGUUUCGUUUGGAAAUUUCUCAAAGCCAGAAAGAAAACAGGACAUUGCGGAGGAAACUACAGCUACUGGAACUGAAGAUGGCACGGGAGCGCGCAGAGAGGACAAUGCGAGAGCGCGUCCUCGCAAGUCGUCCAAGAAGUGUCAAGAUUCUCGACCAGUACAGAGGAAUAGCAAGAGGUGAAGGACAUCUCACUGGAGGCCACAGAAGCUUUGUGAAGCCAGCUGGACACAAUACAUGGAGAGAUGACCAACCAAUCACAGUUGAUGAAGGGAGUGGAACCUCAACCCAGCACAUUAUCAUAAUAGAGUCUGCAGAUGCAGAGGCUGCAGGUCCUGGGGUUAAGCAGGAGAUGGCUGAAGGAGAAGAGGACCCACGGCACAGCAGAGACAGCCAGACUGCAGCGGCUGGAGCGCCCCCUGUAACCACGGAGGACCCCACCACCGCCCCAGCGCAGCCCAGCAGCAUCACGGAGGAGGAUGAGGGUCCAGAGGUGCUGCUAGUGAAGGAGGAGGGGUGUGAGGAGGGUCUGGGGGACACUGAGGGGACCAUAGUCAUGGAGGACAACCAGACUACACCUCCUCCUGAACCCACAGAUGAACCAGCUGAGCAGCACAGGACCACACACAAUCUCACUGAGUCAGUAGACAUGGAGGAUGGGAAGCCUGAUCUGCUGCUGGUCAAAGAGGAGACAAUAGAAGAUGGACCAGAGAGUGUUGAUCUGCUGAGUGGACUAAAGGUGGGGGAGCAAGGUGGUUGGCUGGAGGCUAACAGAGGAAACUGGGCGACGAUCUUGGAUUCUAAGACAGGUGCAGCCAGGGGCCCGGUGGACAACAUCACCGAGCAGGCCAGGGCCACAGGCGACAUAGUGGAUGUUAGUGGAAGGGACAGCAUCCUCAACUCUGGGCUGGUGAACAACACUGUUAACCAAAACCAGAAACAGACAGUCGAACACAAAACAACAACCGAUCAUAGUCUCCAUGACAACAGACUGGCUGAGACCAGGGUGAGGAUUAGAUUUGGUCUGCGGGGACAGGGAGGUGUCCAUAUGCGGCAAGAGAGAACAGACACAGACUUGGCUAGCGAUGCUCCAUCCUGCUCCUAUAGUUGUGAUUCAGAGAGACAGAUGGUGCCUCAGGUUAACCCUCCAACAGGUGCUGCCUUCAGCCUGCCUUCUAUAGGAUCUAUCAACAGGAACAUGGACCCUGCCACAACACAGACACUCCCUGGCAUUCGACCUCCUCACACUCCCCUUAUGUUAAACCAGACCUCAGACAAUUCCAGUGCCUCAACACUAAAUAGCUACACAAGCCCAUGGACAAAUGACAUUAGUUGUGACACUAUCAGCAGAUCUGGUGGCAAAGAGAAGCGCUUCCCAUGUUUGUUCUGUGGGAAAGUCUUCAGUUUCCCCAAACAGGUGGAGAUCCACCAGAGGAUGCACACGGGGGAGAAACCUUUCGGCUGCCACCUGUGCCGGGCCAGUUUCUCACACUCGUCCAGCCUGAAGAGGCACCAGAGGGUCCACACAGGGGAGAAACCCUACAGCUGUCCGCAGUGUGAGAAGAGGUUUUCCCACCAGCACCAGCUGAAGAGGCACCUGAAGGUCCACACGGGAGAGAGGCCAUUCACCUGUACGCACUGCGGGAAGAGGUUCUCAGAGGGGAGAUACCUCAGGACACACCAGCAGAAAAUGCACACGGCCCAUGUAUAGAGUACAGUGACAUGUAAUGUAAUACUAGUUUGUUUGUAGUUAAUUCUGUUGGUUUUGGAUGCAGUAGGGAACUAUAUGAAGUGAACUGAGGAAAGAAUGAGUAUGAUGAGGCAGAGUAGAUGAUAUGGUGAUGGAUGGUGUCUGUAAAAAUGCUUCACUGAUGAAAAGUGACAACCUUGACCUGUUGUUUGAUGCUGUUUUUUAUAAUGAGGAAAUGUUAGUGCCUUAAUUCAUGUUUACCUGACUAAGUAUUGAACACAUUUAUUUUGGUUAUUGAACUACAGAAGGUAUAGUGGAUUUACAUCUGAUAAUGGAAUUACAACUUGGGUCCCUGAUCUAUACUAUACAGAAAUGUAUAAUUAUCGCUAUGAAUAUCAUUUGCUUCGUGGUGAGGUACACAAAGGUAGAGAAAUAUGUAAUAUCUGUAUUUUGCAUAUUUGGGUAUUAUUCUACACACUGGCUAUUAUUGUAAUGAGCUCCGCCACCCCAAACAAAAUCUUGUUUCACAAGUUUGGACAUCACAGAAGAGAACCGUACAGGACAGUAGAGUACAUUGUACUGUCUCUACUGUACUGUACAAUACUUUACUGUUCUGUACUUUACUGUUGUUACAGGCUUUGGUUUUUCAUUUAUAUUUCGAGGUUGGACUUUAGCACAUUGGGCGCACCGAUUGGUGUCACCUUGUUGGUCAGUAUGUGUUACACCUGUGCUGGCUGUCAUCUCGUUAGUCAAAAGGGUUUUCACCUGUGCUGGCCCAGUGCUCCUGAUGGCUUGAGAGAUGUGGAGGGUUAACACCUUUAGUGUAUAUAUUUUAUUUUAUUUUCACUGUUUUUGUUUUGUUCCACUUUUUGGUUUGCAUCCAGUCUUUAAGUUUGGUGUGGGUUUUAAUUUAGUUUGCCGUUUUUUGGGCAAAUUUAAUGGCCGCUCAUGGUGAGUGUCUUUUAGGUCCCAGUUGUUGUUGCCAGACAACUUUCAGUGGACAACCCCAUGAGUGUCUUUCAGAACCCCUCCUAGAACCCCACCUGUUUUGUUUUGUUUUUUGUUCGUUCCCCCUUCUGUUGGAGACCCAAUUUUUGGUUUCUUGUUGGGGAAUAUAACAAAAUAGGGGCUCGUCCGAGAUCUUCAAGCCCAGGAGUAUGGUAGUUGCUCUAAUCUACUCUGAAGCUCUGCUUUGCCCAGAUGUUAGGGUGUUCAAAAGACACUUUUGUGGUAGAGUUUCUGUCACUGACAUCCACCCUGAGAGCUUUGAAGAAUCAUUUUGUAAAGUUGAACACAGGCUAAUAAAAAAGAAAGUUCAAAAAGCCAUGGACUUUAAGUUGAAAGCGUUUGUGGAAAACCCUACAUGGAAGAUGCUAGAACAAUGUACGAAGAAGAAUCUGCUCGUCAUUGCAAAGCAUUGUGACAUCAA